GUGCUGAGAAACUGUUGGCGGCUGCAGUAUCCAAUCUUCUCCACUAGAUGGAGUGUUGCAGCAAUAAUGAACUUUGGAUGACCCUCAUUUGUUCCAAUGUAAGAGAGACAUUUCCUAAAAUCUUAAGAGUAGCAUCCAGCACUCUGAGAAGUAAUUUAAAUCCUAUUUGCUAAGAAGUUGAGACUUUUACUCUUAAAAUAUAUCGCCUGACUGCAGUGAGCGCCCUGUUAUCUUCUGUUUCUGUUUGCAUUGAAAGAGGAACUGAUAGUUACAGGGACGUUCAUCAGACUGUAGUGGGAUAUGCAACGCCCCUCCUCUUUUAAAUCAAAACUCAGCAGUUCUGCAAAGCUCUUUGAACCGGACAGAGAACCUGGGUCAGACCAUCGGGGAACUCUGCUGAGCGACAUGGAGGAAUCAGCGCACAGACGAGAAGACAAGAAAGUGGUGGCAGUGGUGGGCGCUGGUUUGGUGGGGGCACUCAACGCCUGCUUCUUCGCCAAAAGAGGCUUUGAGGUGGAAGUCUUUGAAACAAGAGAAGAUAUUCGGAAAGCCAAAGUAGUGAAAGGCAGAAGCAUCAACCUGGCUUUGUCCCACAGAGGCCGGACAGCCCUGAAACAUGUUGGAAUGGAGGAUAAGAUUGUUUCUAAGGGAAUCCCGAUGAAUGCCAGGAUGAUUCAUUCGCUAAGUGGGAAACAAUCUCCGAUCCCGUAUGGGAAGAAAGGACAGUACAUCCUGUCCGUUGACAGAGCCAAUCUGAACAAAGAGCUGCUAACAGCGGCAGAGACGUAUCCAAACACAAAGCUGAACUUCGACCACAAACUGCAGGACUGGAAUGCUGAAACCGGACUAAUGACCUUCGGCAGGCCGCACGGAUCCAAGACGCAGACUCAAGCGGACCUGAUCGUCGGUUGCGACGGAGCGUUCUCCGCCGUCCGGAAGCAGUUCCUGCGCCGCAGCCGCUUCAACUACAGCCAGACGUACAUCCCGCACGGAUACAUGGAGCUCACCAUGCCGCCGAGAAACGGGGAGUUCGCUAUGAAGCCGAACUACCUGCACAUCUGGCCCAGAAACACCUUUAUGAUGAUCGCGCUCCCCAACCUGGACAAGACGUUUACCUGCACCCUCUUCAUGCCCUUUGAAGAGUUUGAGAAAAUCUCCACAGGAGAUGAAGUCAUCGAGUUUUUCCAAAAAUACUUCCCUGACGCCAUCCCGCUAAUCGGAGCCGCCACCCUCAGGAGGGAUUAUUUCCGCCUGCCUGCUCAGGCCAUGGUCUCCGUGAAGUGCUCCCCGUAUCACAUCGGGGAUAAAUGCGUCCUCAUGGGGGACGCGGCCCACGCUGUGGUGCCUUUCUACGGCCAGGGGAUGAACGCCGGCUUUGAAGACUGCAUUGUCUUUGAUGAAAUAAUGAAUCAGUUCAAUGAGGAUUUCAGUGCGGUGCUGCCAGAGUACAGCAGGGUCCGGGUCCCUGACGACCACGCCAUCGCAGAUCUGGCCAUGUACAACUACAUCGAACUGCUGAUAUCCAACAGUUUUGGUUUCUUUCUGGUUUUUCAGGUGACUUUCACCAGGACCAGAUACCAUGUUGCUGUGGAGCGCUGGCAUUGGCAGGACAAAGUGAUAAACCGUGGCCUGCUGCUGGGAGCUGUGGGAGCUGCUGCCGGCGGCUUCUAUCUGCUCAUUAAAAAUCCUCCAGACAUCAACAAGCUCGCCAUCACAGCUGAGAAGGUCUGGAACAAGAUGGCCGCCCUGAAGACGCCGCCAAGUGUCGGCGCCGCCUCUCAGAUCUGACGGACAGGAGCAGCGACGGAGCCUCAGAACGUGGGAACGAACUGAGCGGCGUCCAGAUUUAAUUAUUAAAUCUUAUAAUGUCUGGAGCAGCAGCGGACUUCAGAUUAGGAUGUUUCAAUUAAACCAAAUGAACAGAUUUCAUCUUUAUGUAAUAUUAAAAUAAGUCCUUAUUUUUAUUUGUCACAAUUCUGCACAUUCUUGUGGAUUUAUGUUUUUUUUUUAUUAUUUGUAGAUCUAACAGCCAUAUAAUAUGCUUAAAUUAAGUCCAAAGUUAAAAAUGAUGUGAAAAAAGUUGUUUUAUUGACAGAACAGCGUGAAUAGUUAUCAAGAUCUAACCAGUUCAUCCGAUUCUGACGUGUUAAAAGAUCAUUUCCUUUAUUCUAAAACUGAAACCAAAGUGUAACUUCAAAAGAUGCUGAACAUUCCUCAUUUCAAUUAUUUAUUUUUCACUGAGCUAUUCUCAUAAAAUUACUACCUUAAUAUGUUGAAAUACUACCUUAUUCUAGCAGUUUUAUGGCUUUAUUGUGGCAUUGUUACUUUUUCUCAUAUUAUUAAAAAAUUUUUCCCAUUACAACAUA